AAAAUGGGCAGCCAAUGGCUGCGUGUCUGCCCGGUAUAUAAGCUGAGGGCAAGGACCUUCAGAGUUGGGUGACCUCUAUAUUUUGGCUCUGGUGAACAGGAUCUGAUCCCAAGGACUGUUACUUUUUUUCUUGUCUGGUGUGCAGUGUUAAACACAAUCAUGCCUUUCGGUAACACCCACAACAACUUCAAACUCAACUUUAAAGUUGAGGAGGAGUACCCUGACCUCACAAAGCACAACAACCACAUGGCCAAGGUGCUGACCAAGGACAUGUACGCCAAGCUGAGGGACAAGCAGACCCCCUCCGGCUUCACCCUGGAUGACGUCAUCCAGACCGGUGUAGACAACCCUGGUCACCCCUUCAUCAUGACCGUUGGCUGCGUGGCUGGUGAUGAGGAGUCCUACGAGGUCUUCAAGGAUCUGUUGGACCCCAUCAUCUCAGACCGUCAUAGUGGUUACAAGCCCACAGACAAGCACAAGACCGACCUGAACUUCGAGAACCUGAAGGGAGGUGAUGACCUGGACCCCAACUACGUCCUGUCCAGCCGCGUGCGUACCGGCCGCAGCAUCAAGGGAUACACCCUGCCCCCCCACAACAGCCGUGGCGAGCGCAGAGCAGUGGAGAGACUGUCUGUCGAGGCCCUGGACACCCUGGAUGGUGAGUUCAAGGGAAAGUACUACCCCCUGAAUAAGAUGACCGAUGCCGAGCAGGAGCAGCUGAUCGCCGACCACUUCUUGUUUGAUAAGCCCGUCUCCCCCCUGCUGCUGGGCGCUGGUAUGGCCCGUGACUGGCCCGACGCAAGAGGAAUCUGGCACAACGAUGCCAAAAGCUUCUUGGUCUGGGUGAAUGAGGAGGAUCACCUGCGUGUCAUCUCCAUGGAGAAGGGUGGCAACAUGAAGGAGGUCUUCAGACGCUUCUGCGUUGGUCUGAAAAGGAUUGAGGAGACUUUCAAAAAGCACAACCAUGGCUUCAUGUGGAACGAGCAUCUCGGCUAUGUGCUGACCUGCCCAUCCAACCUGGGAACCGGCCUGCGUGGUGGAGUGCACGUCAAGCUGCCCAAGCUGAGCACACACGCCAAGUUCGAGGAGAUCCUGGGCAGGCUGCGUCUGCAGAAGCGUGGCACAGGUGGCGUGGACACCGCCUCCGUGGGUGGAGUAUUCGACAUCUCCAACGCUGACCGUCUGGGCUCCUCUGAGGUGGAUCAGGUCCAGAUGGUGGUCGAUGGUGUCAAGCUCAUGGUGGAGAUGGAGAAGAAGCUGGAGAAGGGAGAGGCCAUCGACGGCAUGAUCCCCGCCCAGAAGUAAAGAGUUGUUGACGUCGCUAUUCAUCUUUUGUUUUUCUAUCGUCAAGUCAUGUGAAAUCGAGCCAACCAACUACCGCGCAGAGGAAACGGAUGGUCGCUCUAGAGACUCUUGACUGCUGCUCACAUCUUUUUCUUCAGCCUUUUUCUUUUUCUCCUUUUUCUUCCUUUUCUUUCUUCAGACGUUUUUUUCCCACUUCUCUCCUGUUCAGUCAGUAACAUCCGGGGAUCAGUCUCCACUACAGUCAGCUUGCCUGACACAUGUGGCAUCACCUUCAUUUGAACUUUGGCUCUAAAAAGUUACCAUUUCAAUUGUGAUUCAAUAAACCUGGCCCCAUGAACCAAAACGGA